AUGCGUAGCCCAGUCAUCGCCUUCUCCAUCUUCGCCGCCGCGGCGGUCAGCCCAACUCUUGUCUCCGGCGCUCCCACGUCUUCCAACCCUACCACCGAGCUCGAGUCGGCCGUUCAACGUGUUGCUCGUCAACUUCCUAACCAGCUCAGUGCCCUGGGCUUGGAUUCCUCCACUCCCCAGGCUGCUGCCGUGCAGCCGGAGACACCUGAUGCGCACCGCGCCGCUGAGGAGAAACUUCACAACCCAGUGCCUGCAUCCGCUGAUGCCGCAGACCCUGCGAGCGUUGCCACCGGUAGCCGCCGUAAGAGAGCUUCAGACCAGUUUACCGCUGGUGGUAACUCCUACAGUGGCGCCUCGAGCGGUACCUCCGGUGGUACCAUCACGAACGAUGCCCAGGGUAAUGACAAUGCUGGACCGCCUACUCUUAUCAAUGACGGCACAGCAGGAGCAGUCAACAAUGCUGGCAACGGUGGAGAGUCGACGAGCGGUUUUAGUUACGGUGGUUUCGGUGACGGAGAGGGUCCUGGUGGAAACGCUUACAGCGGCUCUACGGGUCCGUCGAACGGUGGCAGCACCCAGAACAGCGGCAACGGUAUCACCAACACCAACGCGAACUUCGCAGGCACUGGUGGCACCAAUGAGAGUGGUGACUCUCACGGUGGCGACGCUACUGGUCCACCGAGCCUUGACAAGCGUUCGGGUGACAAUAAUACCGGUGGCGGUAACGCGUACAGCGGUGCAACAUCUAAUGUCUCUGGGGGUAAUGUUAUUAACCAGGGUCACCACGAAGGCACGAUAACGAACCAGGGUGGCAACAACGCCGGGAUUGCGGGGAGCACCGAGUCCGGGUUUUCCACCGGGGGUGACGGCAACGGAUUAGGCCCUGGUGGCAACGCGUACACGGGCGCAUCGGGAGCCGCGUACGGAGGUGGAGUAACCAACAGUGACUCCGCUAUCACCAACACGGCCGGCGCCAACACGGCUGGCACGGGUAACGGCGUGAGCGGAGGGGAGAGCGAGACGGGCGACGCACAGGGCGGCAACGCCAAGUGA